UGUCCCGAUAACAAAAAAAAAAGCUCUUUUUAGACCUUUGAACUUCAAUAGAAUUACAGGCAGCAUUUAUUUACGUUAUCUUUAUCAGCGCUGUUCUUAUUUCAAAAUAUUUGCUCCUGUCCUACAUAUAUGUUUUUGACCUAAGGUUAUCGCGGCUAGGCAUCGGUGGGAGCGCAGUGACGGAUAUUCGUAUACUUACACUACCUACUCUUUCCCUUCCCACCACCAUCAUUACUACCUCCAUCGUCCUCCGCAGCUCCAGAUUUCCAUACAAUUUUCUAUGCUUCACUAGAAAUAGUGUGCUUUCCCCAAGAUGGCGACAACAGGUGACCCAACAGAGGAGGCUAUUACUCUGUUUUGUGACAUCACAGACCUCCUCCGAAGCGAGGCCAUUACGCGCUUAAAGGCAAACAAUAACGACAUCCAACGUGCGACCGAAGAGUAUUUCGAAGAUCCCGGCAGUCAGAAGUACAGAUGGGACGAAUCGCAGUUUAACAUGGAUCGCCAUGGUGAGGCGACUGGUUCGGGGAUAUCUUUCAAUAUCCAGGGUCCAGAUGAGCUUGCGCCUACCAGCUAUCAGAACAAUACGGCUCCCACUAGACCCCCCUCACGAGCUAAUAACACGUCCUCUUAUGGUGCACCAGCUAACGCCGCCGAAGAAGAUGCGAAUUUAGAACGGGCCUUAGCUGAAUCUGCCGCCGAGUCGGGAAUUCAACGCCAAGAAGCUGGUAUUAUCGACAACGAAACGAGCCUUAAAUAUUUUGGUCCUGCAAACCGACCGGAAUAUGAUACUGAACAAUGGGCUAUGAUUCCUACUAAAACAACUACUGACGACGUGAAAGCCGAUCCUACCCCAUCCCAAAGGAAGCGUGAUCCCGAAGCUCCUGCAUUUCUUAGACAGACUAAAGAUCACAGGGUCGGUUUCAUCUUAUCGAUUUAUCACAAGAUUCCGGCCGUCAGAAACAUUUUACUCCAGUGCGGAAAUCCAGCUAAGAACUAUGGGCAUAACUCGGAGUGGUGGAGAGGUCAGCCAAUUCUCAAGCAUGAACAUCUGGCGGCCAUGGCAAGAGGAGAAUCGAUCUGGGGUGAUGAGGCGCAUCCCGAGUUUUCCGAGGAGCUCCACCGUUUAAUGGCGUUCCUUGAUAAGACGGAACGGAGUUACGGUACUGUUGACGGUCUCAUUGAUACUAAAGCAAUUGACCCUAGCUUUGGAAGUUGGAUGCCCGACGUUGAAGAUAAACUCUUUGAGGCUAUCAAGGAGGAGGCUCCCAGCAAUCCUGCCUGCGACCUAGAACCUAUGACGACCAUGGGCACUGUCCUACCUUGUGCCCCUAUACAAAACGAAGAACCCUCACUAGAGGGUGAUGAAGAACAAGAUACGCCGUUUACAUUUCUGGAUUUGGCAUUAGACCAUGUACAGUACCAAUGGGUGAAUACGUUUUACGACGCAUUGGAUAACUUGCUCUGGACGCAUGCGUUAUCACUCGACCAUUCCUUCCCAGAGGAAGCCAAUUAUGCCGUACUAUCUAAACCUGCCGAGGUGAUGACGAUACGGCUCAAUGGCACCGGCUUGGUCAAGCCCUGUGAGGUGCCAGCGGUGCUUUAUGUGGAUCGGUACAUGAGGGAUCGAAAAGACCUUGGGCUCAAGUUGCAGACCUAUAUGCGCUUGGCAAAAAAGAAGUUACGCUUAUACGAUCUACUAGAGGCAAGCUUGGUAAGGUGUCACGGUCAGAGCUGCUAUAAAGUGAACGGAUUGGGCAAUGGUCCUCAUGACCUCUUCGCUUGUCUAAAUGGAAUCAUUAAACACAACGAAAGGAUGAUGCAAAGUCAGAUUAGGGCUGCGCAGUGGCGUUAUCAUUACGCUCGAAUGGAGGAGGGGCUGGAACUCGGCCUUGGAGACCUUUACGAUAUUCAUACAUGGAGCGGGCCUUACACAUUCCUCCCCGAGGAAGAAGAAAGAAUGGAAAAAUGGGAAAAUGUUAUUGUGGGGUGCAGAGAGAAACUUGAGGAGCUUGAGACGAAUUUAGCAAACAUUGUAAACGCAAAGAAGGCAUACUACGACUCCAUGAAAGUGAUUUCGAAGUGGUUGACAUGCCAAGAACACGAAGUAGACGAUGAAGAAUAUGUCUUCCGGUCGACCACCGCCUAUAAUCCGGAAUACUGGAACCCCACCCAUAAAUACACCCUUCGCGGUGUUGCGCUUACGAAUGAACUCGCAUAUGUAUGUGUCAGACAAGACAGCGGUUCGAUGGAGGUCGAUGGGGGGCCUGCUUCCUUGGACCAGUGGUGGAAAAUAGGAUAUUCGUCGGGCGAAACAAACCCAAUCAAAACCGAGAAAGCAAUUCUGGAAGACGUCCUCCACGCGGCCGGGACCGAGUCCAAGUAUCCUAUAUUCAUCUAUGCUUCUGAAGCCGCCAUGGAAGCGAAGCCUCUUCCCUUGUCGGAUGCUCUACGGAUGUUCGUACGGGCCGACAAUCGCUCAUUUCAACAAGAGCUUGCCCAAGAGCAAAGUCCGGAACAAUUACAGAAUCCGGACCCCUCAGGAGUCACCACCGAGAAUUUAUCCUAUAUUCCUGGCAUAAGAUCGAGCAAACGAAAACUCAGCAUUGGCUCGUCGGUGGCAACACAUGGCAGUACUCGCGACGACCUUGAUGAUGUUGAUUUGACAUUCGAUGAAGCGGUUCAGUUCCCUACUUACCCAGCAUCAGGCACUUACUACGAACCAGUUGCCAACAGUAGCCCUCAGUCUAAGAAACUCGGUGGCAUUGUCGAGUCACUCGCAAAUUGCCGCACUCAUGAAAAUAAACCAACGGGGUUGGGGGGUUGGGUCACAAAUGAGCAAGAUAACAGCAACAUGGAGAAGAUGCAAACUUUUAACUCUGACACGUCCAAGCCGCCUGAGAUGCGAGAGCGCACUGGGGGACCCGCACCAUUCUUAACCCGACCCAGCCACUCGACUCAGAGCGGUCCAAUCGACAUGAUGGAUAUCGACAUAGAUGUAGAGCAUCACGAAUAAUGGUCAUAUAAUCAGCGGCCUAGCGUUAUUCGGACUAUGGAAUACGAGGAGGUUCACGUCUAUGAUAAAAAGCAUAAUGAGGCAUGAGUAGGGCAUAGGUAUUGGAGUUAUGAUGAGACAGUGUGUGGAAUGAAUGGUUUAUUAAACAAAUAAACGGGUUUGAGCCGCGCUAUUGAAAUUGAGUCUUGCUUGGCUUGUACGGUUAUACAGCACGUUGACUUCAUGAUACCCAAGGCCGGAUAAUGAAUAGGCAUAGGGCAAGGAAUUAUAAAUGUUUUGACGUUUCUAUUACAUAGGAGUGGUUGAUGGAAUGAUCCAAGGAUAUGAUGAUCUAUUCUCUCACCAUGAUAGGUACGUGGGUUAAUGAAUUGUGUCCGUGCUGAGUUGAAUGUAUCGUAUCGUUGUACUAUAAAUUCUAGAACAUUGUAGAAUAUUCCAACGACCGCUCCCCAUUGGAAUGGGUUAAAUCUGAAGUACGAAGUAUGUAAGACAAAAGC